UAGGGUUUUGCAGCAGCCACACAAACACACCUCUUCUCUAAACUCCACUCUCCACCACCAUACCAUGGGGAAGAAACGAAAUCUGAAUCCGGAACCCUUCUUAUCCGAUGACACCAACAAAUCCGUCUCAAAAAAGCGAACUAAACCCGCCAAACAACACCAGCGCGAAGAAAAUGUUUUAUCGGCGGGAAUGAGCUCGAAGAUAUUGAAGGAGGCGUUAAUUCAGCAGAAGGAGAUUCAGGAAGAAACGGAUGCGGAAAACCCUAACAAUAUUGUUUUCUCUGAAGAGCGUGUUAAUCAGGGGAAAUUAGAUUAUGAUGAUGAUGAUGAUGUUGAUAAUUUUGCUGGAUUUUCUGAUAAUUAUAGUCAGUUUGGUGGUUAUGAGGAUGAAAUUAAUGAAGAUGAAGAGAAGUUGUUGGAAGCGUUUUUCUCCAAGGAUGCACGGCCUCAGCGCACUCUGGCUGACAUCAUUGUGGAGAAAAUUAAAGAAAAAGAUCAAAUGCCUGCAGGAGUUCAACCCUUACCCAAGUUGGAUGAUUCAGUCAUAGAGAUAUAUAAGAGUGUUGGAGAGAUUUUCAAGAAGUAUACUUCAGGAAAGUUACCAUUGGCUUUUAAAAGCAUACCGGCAAAACAACAUUGGGAGGAACUUUUGUAUUUGACGGAACCAGAAAAAUGGUCACCGAAUGCAGUGUAUCAAGCCACCAGAAUUCUUGCUUCUAAUAUGAGUUCGAAGAAAGUGGAACGCUUUUAUAAAUUUGUUCUACUUCCUCGUAUUAGACUGGAUAUAAGGAAGAACAAAAAACUUCACUUUGCGUUAUAUCAAGCGUUGAAAAAGGCUGUGUAUAAACCGGCUGCCUUUAAUAAAGGAAUUUUGUUUCCGCUAUGCGAGUCAAGAACCUGCAAUUUGAGAGAAGCUGUUAUUAUUGGAAGCGUUCUUCAAAAAGUCUCUAUUCCACCACUUCAUUCCAGUCUUGCUUUAAUGAAACUUGCAGAAAUGGAGUAUGCUGGCACAACAAGUUAUUUCAUUAAGCUGUUGGUUGAGAAGAAAUACGCUUUACCAUAUCGAGUUAUCGAUGCGAUGGUUGCACAUUUCAUGAGAUUUUGUGAGGACUCAAGGGAAAUGCCUGUGAUCUGGCAUCAGUCGCUGCUUGCAUUUAUGCAAAGGUACAAGCACGAACUGACAAAGGAGCAAAAAGACGACGUUAAUUAUCUUGUCAAGAAGCAGAGACAUAAAAUGGUUACACCUGAAAUUUUAAGAGAGCUGAAUCAUAGCCGUAACCGUGGGGAGAAAGAGGAUGAUCUCAUGUCAAUAUCUUCCCCUAUAUCUGUGAUCAACAAAACCAUAGACGAAGACCGAUUUGAUAUUCCAGAUGUUCCAAUGGAAGAGGAUUAAUGUUGAGAAACACAUUUUUCUAUUUUCGUUAAUACUGGUCUUCCUGUUCUGACGAGAGGUCAGUUUUAUUUUAUGUUUUGAAAGGUUGCGAAUAUGUGCUCUUUAACAACACUUUGGGAGUGAUCGGCGUUAGCGGUUUUGUAGAAUAUGUCUUGAGUUAUUUACAUCUUUUUACAGGGAUUGAAACUAAAACUGAAUGUACUGUGAAUUUGUUUCAUUUAUUUUUUGAAGUUUUUAUUUAAUUUAAACUGAAUGUAUGAGAAAAA